AUGGUUUCAAGAACUCCUACCAUUCCCAAAAAAGUACCACCCGUAGAAACAAAGGAGGUGCAACCAGAAACGCCGGCUUCUAAGCUAAGAGGAACAUGGGUAAUUAAUCCUGAAGAGCCGAGACUAAGUAUUUUAUGUGAGACGGAGUAUCAUGAAGAGUUUGUAAAAUUCUUUGAAUCUCCUCUAAGGACACUAGCCAGCGUUGGGCCUCCGCCCUUGCUGUCAUAUAGAAAAGACAUUCCCUGUCUGGACAUUAGCAUCAAGGAUGAAGAAGACCUAGUCCUCAAGUGUGAAUUCUGUGGAAGUGUCCUACAAUCGCUCCUUUCCGAUAUGGACAUUUGCUCUGACAACACUGACACUGAGCACCCAAAGCGUGCCUUCUGUUGUCUUCAGUUACAAAAUCUUCUUGAUUAUAUCAAUAAGGAAAGGCUAAACAUCCAAAGUGCUAAAACGGACUUAAUCAGUAUUCAUCCUCAUGCAGCCCAUGGCAGUGAUGUAGAUAGACUCAAGGCAAAGGAAAAAGCCAUACAGAGAAAACAAGAACGUCAAAUGGCCAGACACUUCGCAAUAGUCUCCCAUGAACCGAGCACCCCGUUAACUGAAGACGAUACAAAGCCCUUGAAGACAAUUUCUUACCAGCUUUCUCUGGAUUUGCUGGAAAAGAUCUAUGACAAAGAAGAAGAUGAUAUUCUGAUGGGGAACAUCUCCAUCACUUGCUGUGAUUCCAGGAAAAUGUGUGGAAAGAUCGUGAAGAACGAACUCUUGGAGAAGCACUACAAGCACGGAAGCAAGUUUCUCACCUCCUUUCCAGACGGGACAACACAAAUAUUCUAUCCAUCUGGAAAUCUGGCCAUUAUCCAGGUGCCCAACAAGACAAAUGGCUUCACUUGUAUUGUCCAAGAAGACACAUCCACCAACCCCGCAAUCCUGGCGGUGCUCAACUCCUCUGGGAGAAGCUCCUGCUAUCACCCUAAUGGAAAUGUCUGGGUCUACAUCAACGUCCUGGGAGGCCAAUAUUCAGACCAAGCUGGCAACAGAAUACGAACGUGGAACUGGUCAAGUUCCAUGCCUUCCUCGACCUUUGCUUCAUUUAAACCUGUUUUUCUGGCCUUGAACCACCACAUUGGAAUUCGCAUCUUAGAACAAGACAAGGUCUCCAUUAAUUUUCUAGCAAUGGGCCAACAGGCGAGAAUCAGCGUUGGGACCAAAGUAAGGUACUACAAACCAGAGGAGCUCCCAGCCCUGCGGUUCGUGAGUGGAGAUGACCUUCUGCUGCUGGCCAGCUUAAUAAAGAUCCGGCGGCUGUUCCACAAGCUGCGAGGAUGCGUGACUUUCCCCUCGAGUCAGGCGUGGGAAAAAGUAAAGCAACCGACCUACCUUUCUUCGCUCUCUUUAAAACUACUUGCCCUCUGCCAUAGUUCUGGCUUACAGAAUGGUACAAUGGCAACAAUUAUGAAGCUAAUAAAUGAGAUAGAGUAA